AUGGAGCUCCUCUCAAUCUUAGCAACAUCAAUGGGCGAGACUGUGCUCCACUUCGCAAUUCUCGAUGGACAUGAUGGCCUUGUGAGUAGGUUGCUCGAGCUCAACGUCGAUACUUCUAUGUCGGCGCGUACAGCAGACAGCGCGUUGAAUAUGGCUGCCUUCAAAGGCCAGGCUGGUAUAGUCACACAGCUUCUGGAACAAGGCACCGAUUUGGAACUACACCAUGAGCACGUCGGGCUGGGCUAUGUGUCUUCCGAAGUGCACGGUUCGGGCAAUGUGAUUUUAUGGAAUAAAGCUAGGGAGGGACACUGUGACCGCCCGCGGUACUGGAGUCGCGUCGAGCCAGGAAGGGAACCUCUGCAUAGCGCCGCCUGUGGCGGACACAGCGCGGUUAUUGACAUAUUCCUCCAACACGGUUCAGAUAUCUCGUCUAAAGGGCUGCAAGUAGAGACUCCCCUGCAUGUAGCAGCCUCCGCUGCUGAGGAGGAGGUUGUCAAAGUGUUGAAAUCUGGUGCCAAUAUAUCGGCAGCGGAUAAAAACGGUGACACCCCGUUGCACGCGGCAGCCGCUAAGCAGAAAAGCAUUUCAGACGCGCUUAGGAGCCGGAUAAGCACGCAAAAGAGAGUCCUGGAGAACUCAACAAAUUCCAUGUGUGUUGUCACACCCUUGUGUCAUGGCGCGGAUCCUACAUGCGAAAACCUACAGAGUCUUACACCACUCUCCGUGGCUGCGACAGCUGGCCAUGAAGAUGUUGUUAAGACCCUCAUCGAUUGCGAACCGUCGCAUCUGCAAUCCAGUGCGGCACCGGCGAAGCUGCUCAAGGCUUGUGCACGGGGUAGAUCUUUCAACAUUCUCAAGGUGGUAAACGAAAACUUGCCAAAAGAUGGCGGAUUUAUCGCUAGUGUGGCAAGAUAUUUUUCAUGGUGCUUGUCGAUUAGGAGACCACAACAUGGUGUCUGGCUUUGCAAGCCCAUGCGAAUCCUAAUCGAAGUUGGUACAGAUAGCACGUACCCUCUUCACAACGCUGUCGCCAUGGAGCAAGUCGAGAUUGUUGAUUGUCUGCUCUGA